GCGGACGUGCCGUCGGUUUACAACCAUAGAAAACACAGAAAAACCAAUUUUACUACCUAAAUUAAUCAAAAUCCUGUUUAGUUUAUGUGAAAAAUCAUCGCGAAAACUGAUAAUACUGACAAAAUCCGACCGAGUGCAAUAAUGAACGGGCCAACCUUAAAAUAACGUGACAUUUCUAAACUAAAUGCCUAAAGAAAUCGCGCCAAUACCUCCUGAAUACGCUUAAAAUGUAAUAUUGUCCUAUAAAACCUUGUGAUAAUAAGUAAUAAUGCCUUUUUGUGUCGUUUUUGGUGUCGAUUGUCAUUGAGGAGCGGAUUUACGGGGAUGGCGGAUUUAUCGAAGCCCGGGUGAGAUCGGAGAACAUUGGCAAAAUGUUCUGCUUGAAUAUUAUAAUCGAGAGUGAAUGUAAAUGGUGCUGGAGGAAACGUAGGGUUUUGGGGACCUUUAUAAACUUUGCAUAGUUGUAAAAGCUGGAUGUAUUAGUGGUAACAAUGAAUUCGUUCAACGCGCCCACAACCCAGAUAAAUGCGGUGGAUAAGAACAACACCACUGUUAAAAGCAAAUCGGUGGACCUGGAGGGAUAUGUCAUCAUCGUAGUGCAGACUAAGGACAAUAAAAUCAAGCUAUAUGGUUCUCCGUCAGCCAGCAGCUGGGACAAUCUGGAGCUGGCGGACGAAAUUAUGGACGUCAACGAGACAAAACUCGAGGAUAUGACCAGGACAGAGGUUCUGGGGCACAUACACGAGUGCAUCUCAUCGUGCCUCAUCAAACUUCGAGUGAAGCGGCGUAGUGAGACUAAACUAUUAUCAGACAUCGGACACAACAUCGUUCAGGAUGCAUUUCUCAUCGCGGUGGAGGAGCAGGCCCGGCAGCGGUUGCAGCGGCUGUCAGCGCUCAAGCGGAUCACCCCUGUGGAUAUGUCCAAGCUCUCUGUAGAGUUAAGCCGCAAGCGUCGACCGCAGCCUGAGAACCGAGAACUGAACGGGUACAUCGCCAACUCGACAGUCUACGUAACCAGUAUCAAUGAAAACGGGGCAAUCGAGAGUAAGCCCACGAUAUCCUCGCCAAAGUCACAGCCAAAAUCUCUCCAGGCCAAACCAGCACCUAUAAUCUCCAACGGGGUUAAAGACGACGAACCAGAACCUGAGAAACACGAAAAGGAUAAAAGUGAGAAACUGGAAGUGAAGUGUGAAGUGAGUGUGGAAUCAGUGACAGUGAGUGAAGUUAGUGACGCGUUGUCAGUUGUGCGGGAGCAUCUGAGCAACGGUCGGUGCGAGAAACUGAUCGGUGAGCCUGAUCAUCGGAUCAGAGCAACCGCGAUUGUUGAGAGUAAUAAACUUGGACCUGGAGACAGGCCCCGGAGACGCUCAGGUUCUAGCAUAGUAGUGCUGGGUGCAGAGGAAGAGAAGCGGCCGCCGCCGGAUGACGACAAAGACAUGCUCACCAUGCUCUCGCUCACCUCAGACACCGGCCCCCACCGUGAGAUGGCGGUGGAUGUUCCGGAUAGUUUCAUCGCGCGCAACAAGACUCCGCCCCGCUACCCGCCGCCCCGCCCGCCGCAGGUAGGCCUCCGCCACCGCCACCGUGACGACGAGCCCCUCCUCUCCUCAGGAGGAUCUUCCACCAGCUUCUCCAGCAAGCAGAGCACCGUUCUCCACACCGCGGAUACCUCAGGCCCUAGCUCAGACAAUUCAGAUUUCAAGAAUCACACAAUGGAACUGAUCUCUCUGCCACAAAGUUCAGAAGGCUCGGGCAAGAGCUACAACAGUAAAGGUAGUUCGGAAACGGCAAAACUGGAAGACUCUCGUUCUGAAUCUGUUGCUUCGAAUAUCACUCACACUUUGAGCGAACAUAAGAUACAGUUGCUGAUAUCCAAUGGCGAAGAUUCAUUAUUGGACUGCCAGGGAGUUACUUAUUCAGCUAGAACUGAAUCAGUACUUAUAAGAGAAGCUGUAUAUGCCGCUUAUAAGUUGCCUCCAGGGUUCGAUACGACGCCAGUGCUGCUUGGGAGAGAGGUCGCCGUAGAUGUGCCGGAUUCCUUCGUGCAAAUUGUGAAGACGACACCAAAGUACCCAGGGACCGCGGACAGAAAUGUCGCGUUUCAGCAGGUGAACGGUACAGCCAAGACUGGCGCGCCAGCGGUACCACCAAGAGAGCAGACUAGAGAUGCACCGCCGAGACCCCCUUACGAUAACAAGGACCAGCUGGCCAUAAAAAAAUAUCAGGAACAAAUCCGACAACGUAAAGAAGAAGAGAACCGCAUUGCUGCGCAAAAUGAGUUCCUGCGCACGUCCCUACGUGGGUCCCAUAAAUUACAAGCGUUGGAGGCGUCUGCGCCGACGGCCGCCUUCGUCAACGAUGCUUAUGAGGAGGAUGUCAGCGAUGAAGGAGCGCAACUUUAUAAUAUUGUUGAAUACGAAGACGUUAUGAUGGCGCUGCAAAGGGUGCAAAAGGCAUUGGGAGCUAGUGGAGAGACGGCUCUGGCGGCGAGAGUAGCUGGGGCCGCGGGGACCCUGCUCUGCCCGGACUUGGUUAUGGCCUUGGCCACCAGGACCACUGUGCUGACGGCCACGAGACAUAAACGACUAGGGCUCAACCCACCGUAUACGCACAGAGCUACAGAUCGAUUGAAAGACUGCAUUGACGUACUCGGGUCGCAUACGUCAUCUGGUGGCGAGACUGCGGCACUGGCGGCUGAGCUGCUGGCGAUCCUCGGAGGGAUCGACAUGGAGAGUCUCUUGCAGGCCCAUGACCAGGCGGCUGCGCUGUUAGACCCAGCGUGCUUCUCUAGGGGUAGAAGACAGGGUAAUAACUACAAUCACAAGGACGGUAAGCCGCUUACGGUGCACUCGCCCGACGACCCCAGCGAAAACGUUAAAGUUAUCAAAAUCGAAAAGACUAAUGAACCUCUUGGUGCUACAGUAAGAAACGAGGGCGAUGCCGUGAUUAUCGGCAGGAUAGUCCGAGGCGGCGCCGCUGAGAAGUCCGGCCUCUUACACGAAGGCGACGAGCUGCUGGAAGUGAACGGCGUGCCUAUGCGCGGCAAGACCGUGAACGAGGUGUGUCAGGUGCUGGGCACGCUGUCGGGCACGCUGAGCGUGGUGGUGGCGCCGCGACAGGGCCCGCGCCCGCCGCCUACGCACUCGCACCGCGUGCUGCACGUGCGCGCGCACUUCGACUACGACCCGGAGGACGACGUCUACAUCCCUUGCCGGGAGCUGGGUAUAAGCUUCCAAAAAGGCGAUGUACUGCACGUGAUCAGCCGGGAGGACCCCAACUGGUGGCAGGCGUUCCGCGAGGGCGAGGAGGACCAAAGCCUAGCUGGACUCAUACCUAGUCAGGCCUUCCAGCAUCAGUAUGUAUUGAACAUGCGCGAGGCAAUGAAGUUGACGCUGGCUGGCGACGUCGGGUCUCGAGACAAGUCGCGUAAAGGCGGCACGCUGCUCUGCGCUAAGAAACCUCCUAAGAAGAAAAAGAGCAAAAAGGCCACCAGCGAAGCUGGAUACCCGCUUUACUCUACGUCUGGCACCGAUGAAUACGAACAAGAAGAAAUCCUAACUUACGAAGAAGUAGCGCUAUACUAUCCACGCGCAUCGCAUAAACGACCGAUUGUAUUAAUCGGACCGCCCAACAUCGGUCGUCACGAACUGAGACAGCGUCUUAUGGAAGACAGCUCUAGAUUUGCAGCUGCUGUUCCACAUACGUCGAGACCGCGAAAAGACCACGAGGUUCCUGGGCAAGAUUAUCAUUUUAUUUCACGUACGCAAUUUGAAGCUGACAUACUGAACAGAAAGUUCGUCGAGCACGGCGAAUAUGAGAAAGCUUAUUACGGUACAUCAUUAGAUGCAAUCCGUGAGGUCGUAAACUCAGGCAAGAUCUGCGUACUCAACCUACAUCCGCAAUCGCUCAAGAUCCUUCGCAACUCGGACUUGAAGCCUUACACUGUAUUUGUGGCGCCACCUAGUCUCGAAAAGUUAAGACAGAAGAAGAUUCGUAACGCCGAAGCCUUUAAGGAAGAGGAAUUAAAAGAAAUAAUCGCGACGGCGAGAGACAUGGAGGUCCGCUGGGGGCACCUAUUCGACAUGAUCAUCAUCAACAACGACACGCAACGCGCGUACCAACAACUCUUGAACGAGAUCAACAGUCUGGAACGCGAGCCGCAGUGGGUCCCGGCGCAUUGGCUGAAACAUACCUAGCGCCAGGCGAACUACGCUGCUUCUGCAGCCCCUCUUGUCCCGACGUACCCUCAAGAGACAAAACGAUACCUCAUUACAUUCGGGUUCGGUAUGCUCAAGCUCAUAUUCCUUAUCGAGGUAGCAAUACAAAUGGUUUUACAUUUGUUCGGCUUUCUCAAAAACUGGACUUCGAGAAGAUUCAAGUUAGAACGUAGACACGAGGGUAGAGAAGCGGUAGAUGGAAAUAUAGAAUUUAGAUAUGUGUUCCCAAAACCUUUAAAUGAAGGAAACAACAAAUUUAAUGAAAUCGAAAAGAGAUGUUUGUAAUGUUUAACGUUAACCGUAUCGAUAACUAAACUCGAGAUUUCUAUUUUAGAUUAUCGAUGCGAGUUUUAGUAGGACUGAAUUAUGGUAACACAAGGAUUUGACAUUCUAAAUUUAAAAGUUAUGAAAUUGUUGCCAUGUGAAAAAAAAUCUCUAAAUAUUUCUAGAGGGUACUGUUUUAGCCAAGUGACUAUAAAUUCAAAUUUGGCUUGAAUAGUUAUUCGCAACUCAAGAAAGAAAAGAUCUUUCGGUAAACUGGUAACAUGUAUUGUUCUUAAAAAUUGUCGAAUUCGAUACCUGUCUCGAUAUAGAUAAAGCUGUCUCGAAAGAAAUCGUUUUAGUAUCGAAGAUCUUCCAUUGGUAAUAAAGUCUACUUGCCUGUUCAACUUCAUCGCCUUUACUGGAAUUGGUCCAUAGCAUUAUGGCACUCAUCAGAAUUUAGUUAACAAGGCAACCGAUCAAUUUGAUACAGGGUGAAAUUUGUUAUUUCUUGAAAAUGUGAACUUGAAAACGAACAACUUUGAACGAAACUCUUCAGUGAAAAGUAAGGUUCUUACGCUUUCAGAAGUUUAACUUAAUAAGAUUGAGCUUUUAUGUGCUAAAUUCGAAUGUUAUAAUAAAAUUUCACCCUAUGUAAAGGCAAUAAAUAAAGAGUUGCUCUACACAGCGACAAGAUUUCGAGCUUAUUUAAGUUUAAAUUCGAACAGCGGUGCGAAUACUUAUGAUAUGUAGGUAGAGUGGUAGAACGAGAGAACGUUACAUCACAAUCUUAUUCGGUUUUAGUCCCUGCUACGUAGAAUAGAUGAGUUUAAUUUUAAAAGGGAAAUGUGACUGCCUUUUAAACAUUACGUAAACACUUUCGACAGCUUUUUUGUUUUAAGCCAUUUGUCAAAUUUAAAUUCGUCGUUGAAGAGUUAUGGAAAAACAACCUACAAUCGAGUUUGUGUCUCUUUAGUCUUGUAAUAAUAAAAAAAACAAGAGAUUUGACUAAAAUUUUAGAGCUGUUUAUUUUUAACGUCUUAUACAUUGAGUUAUGGUGGUUGGACAUGUUGUCCAAAAGUAUUCUAUGAGCGACAACUAAUUUGACAGCUUUGAAGAAAAACUAAAUCUCCCAUUUUUAUCUUACAGAUGAUAAGAGACAUUUGGAACUAAAACUUAGUUUACUUCGUUUGCUAUAAAUUAUUUUUUUUAAACAUUGACUGCUUAAUGACAACAAACUGUUAUUAUAAUUAACUUUGUAAAUAAAAUAAAAAGUUGAUUCAUUUGACUCGAGAGUGAUUUUUUGGAAAAUCUCAAAUACAAGUGUCUGGAAUUGUUUAGCGUAAUUUUGAGAGGCUGUUACACGCCCUUGUGGCAUUGUUUAGAACCAUUUUUUGUAUCCAUGUUAAAAACUUCAAUGGUUAAGCUUAGUAUUAAAAAUUAUGUAUGUACAUAAUGGAUUUUUUAAUUCGUAUUUAUUGCACAUUGAGAAACUCCUUCCAAAUAAUAAUGAAUUAUAAAAUAGACGUGUUGAUAAAUCGUUGAAUUUUUACAGUUACUGUUAAAUUAAUCUUACGUGGCAAAUUAAGAAGGAGAUGACUCCUUUUCUCCUAUUUACAUAAGUUAUCUUUGAUUUCUUUAAUCUUUAUAGAAAUCAAUCUAUUCUCAUUAUUAGGAGAUCAUAGACUACUUCUUAAUUUGUCAUGCAAUGAAGCCAGGGAAUUUAUAGUUUGCAAAUUAAAAUAGAUAGUUAAAUAGAAAAAAUAAUACGUGAAACAAUAAAAUAUUUCUCAUAUUGCCAAAUUUUACUAUAGGUAAAAAAAGAUAGGGAUUUUCGAAAGUUUUCUCCAGUAGUUUUCUCGUGAGUCUCUUAUGAAACUUGGAGGUAGCAAGUUAAAUGAUAAAAACUAAACCAAGUUGUAAACACAAGUAUGAUAGUGAGUAGGAAAGCAAUAUUUUAUAUCCGUAUAAUCAAUUUUACACAGUUCGAUGACAUAUCUGAUUUUUAUAGUCUACCUUCGUACUUCAAGUAAAUAUAAAAACAUUUUUCGGUCAAAAUCAAAUUCAUUUUUCACCAUGUAUGCUACAUUUGGGUACAAAAAUAUUUGCUUGUAAAAGUCUUGAGUCUGAUUUCUGUGUUACGUUUAAUUCUGCUAUAAAAAUAUAAUUAUAAUAACUCGACAAUUAUAAACUUAAAUUUCAUAGUGCAGCUAUUCUUUCACAGAAGCGCAGCGUACACUAGCCAAUAAAAUUUUGAGACUGAUCGAGAUUUACGUUGUCGAGUUAUUCGUACGGUUACAUCGCUUGACGUAAUGAUUCUACAUAAUACAAUAUAAGUAAAAACGUAUUCCAAAUGUCCAGAUUCCAUAAAUGUUACAAAGUAAGUGGGGAAAUAAACACAUAAGGUGCGG